AUGUCCUCCUCCGAGCUUCAGUACAUUGUUGAACUCAGCGGUCAACAUUUGCUUCUGAUCUCCAACAUGGACAACCACAUACCUAUUUCCAAGCGCCUGCAAGAGUUGAAGGAUAAAGCUCAUGCUUGGUUCAGCGUUGACAUUCGCUCUGCCAAAACAUUUUCUAUACCAAAGGUGGUGUGGUCAAACAGUUUCGUAGCUGAUGGACAUAUCUACAUGUGGGACAAAAUAGAUGACACGGCCACGAUCAUUCCAAUAUUCCCAAAGCCCUCACAACAAACAAUCAAGCGUAACUGGCCUCCCGGAACAUUGUGUACAGUUCCCAACUCAACCAAUCUCCGUGUUCUCAUGGACCCAGCACAAAACCUGAUCGCCGUCGUCUAUGUUAAUCACGAGAGGCUCUUCAUCAACCUUAGAGCUCUGGAUGAUGAUAGUUUUCACCCCCAAGCUGCUGGACUGACGUUGUUUCUGUCGGAGCUUCCUGGAUACGAUGACCACAUGGAUUCAGAGAGUCUGCGACUCAAGGUUAUGGGGAGGUAUAUCGCUUUGCAGUGUACUUCGUCAAAGUACAACAUGUGGCAGCUGCAGAUUUGGAACUGGCAGCACUCAACAACAUCAGAUAGUGUCCUCCGAGUCAGCAACAAAUGUCCAUGGCGUAUUCAUUUUUGUUUCUUCGGAAACGAUAGAUUGCUCGUUUUUGCUGAAGAUUUGAAGCUCUAUUCAAUCGAGGAUAUGUCCCAGACACCAGAAUUGCUGGCAUCUUUUAUGCUGCACACCCAACUGCGGUACACGACAGCAUGUCUCCUUCCGGUGGAUGAUAUAGCGUGUAGCUCACAGCCACAGUGGGGGCUGAAUGCACCUAUUGUCUACGUCAUUUCUACCAGGAUUUUUCUUCGAUCUUUCCGAAGUGGCAGUAGCGAUGCCAAUACCGUGGAAAUAGUUCACCUUAGCGGGAACCGAGUUUUACUAUUAUUCCCAGUCCCCGAGCGAAUCUCGAACCACAACUCAGUCACGAGACGCAUAUCGAAGUUAUCUAAAUUACGUAUCAUGGACUUCAGCCCGCUAGCUGUAAUGAACAGGUGGGGUCUAGGAAGGGUGGUGAGAAAGCCAUCUACCUUGGACAUCACUGGUUGUGAGGAGCACUUAACAACUUUCUUGCCUUACGUCGAGGUCAUAUUGGACAGAGAGUUCGGUGCUGACAAAUUGACGGACAUAUGGAUGGACAGGGAUAAGAUUUACUUGCUCUCAAACGAGCUUGAGGUUAUCAAUGUUUAG